GGUAAUUCCCCUGAGCAUGUUUUCUCCAAAAUUCACCAAGACAAGUACAAAUAUAGGAUCCAGCCAGGCAGCAGUUUCGGAAGACUCCUUGUAUGACCUCGCCUUACUCAUCCUCGGAGGUUUUCGCAUCCAUCUCGCUACAAACCAAGCAUAUAUUGAUCGUCUCCAAACUGCUCUAAAAUCUCAACUAAUCACCCCGGACUUUGUUGAUGGGGUAGAAGUGGCAGUGACUAAUUUUGCACAACUCUACGUAGAUCCGGAAUUUAUUAAACUUGUUUGCGGGAUCGACAUGUUCUUCUCAGUGUUCCCCCAUCAUCCACGUGCCAAGCUCCGGUUCGGAACCCUCAUCAUGUCCCACAAGGAUUGUACAGGAUUAUCCGCCAUCACCUCAGGCUGUGAGUUGAUGAAUUAUACUACUAAGGUAUUCUCAAGAUGGUUAAUGACUCCGGUCCUAAGAGCCGACAUGAACAGGAUGACGGUUCCUGGACAGGAGAUCUGCAUCCCGUAUUCCUACAGCCCAUACUUAUCUGGGUUAGGAAUUGUAGACAAAAGUCCCUACUCAGCUUCUCUCAAUUGUGGACUUCAUAUGUUCACACAUAUGAUUGGUUGCGCCAUACCUUUGGCCCGGUCUGUAAAUGCGAUCUAUUUUCAGCCGUCGGGUCUUCAAUCCAUCAUAGAUAACGCGAUUUUAUUCAUCUACGCACACUCUUGCACCAGCGCUCUGCAGAUGCAAUUCUUCAGGGCUUCGGAGGUUGCGACAGUAAAAAAGGCAGAAGAGGAAGCCCGGCAAUUCGUUGAGGAAAUGAGGAAGAAACUCCAUCAGUUUCAAGAUGUCGAAGAAGAUCCAAACCACCAAGGAGAUGAUGAGGCCUCCCGGGAUGAAUCACAACCAAGCUCACCGAGUAGUGUGGAAGGGGGUGGUGAUUUAGAUGAUCUGGAAGGAAUUCAAGAAGCUGGUGGAGCAGAGUUGGAAGAACCGACCAGUCGGGAUGCACUUGACUGGUAUAUGUACAUUAUGAAGUUCUACCAUGGUUCCAUCCCACAACGAAUGCGACCUGUAGCGUAUGAGCAAGGCAGGAGGAUGCCAGGUAUAAUCCCGACAGGAUAGGGAUGUCAACAGAUCUUCAUCAAUUUAACUAGAAGUAAGCACCUCUUUAUGUGCAACCCAUUUAAAACUGUUAUAUAUAACUCUUGUAAUCCUUGACAUGAAAAAAAAAUAAUGAUUUGGGUUUAUUCUUCGAGUGGCGUGAGGUGAGAAUUGUUGGUCUCGUAUAGCGAGCUGUAGGUACUCAACUCGAGUGAAGUGACUCUCUAUUUGAUUUACACGGUUACCCAACGAACAUAUCCACCAAAGGUUGAACAAAUCACUCUAAAGCAUAUUUUAGCUGAAUAAACUGUUGUUC